UUACAACAACAAACAGUUGUCAUUUAAAAUACAAAAAAAAAUCUUUUCUGCAACUCGGUGGUCUCGUAAAAGUUUUCCGAAAUUUCUCGCCCUGAAAAUGGCUUUUUUCAUGCUCCCAAACAUCGUGGAGUAUGCUUGCGUUUGUGGCUUGCUCCAACCGCUUACUAAACUUUACUUUUGCCGUCAUUGUAUGAAACUGCGAUGUGGAUUUUGCGUUUGCCAUGAGGUUGAUUCCCACUUUUGUUCGAAUUGUCUGGAGAACAUUCCCUCCUCGGAAGCCAAAAUCCGGAAGAACCGUUGCAACACCUGUUUUAACUGCCCCAGCUGCCAGCAUACGUUAUCUGUCCGGGCUUCAAGCGCCGCAGUUCCGGUGACCCCAGCCACGACCACUGCUGGCGGUGGAACACCCACCGGAGAUGAACAAAAGAUAGAAGGAAUCCGGGACUCGAGCUCGGCUGUCCCGGAAAAGCAAGUCAUUAGAAAGAUGUACUAUUUGGCUUGCCUGAAUUGCCGUUGGAGCUCGCGAGAUGUCGGUAUUCCGGACCAGACGGUCGCCACCGGACAGUGGCCGGAACCGGAGUAUGCUAAUGCUACACGAUUUUCCAUGCUUCUCGAGCACUACCAGUCGGUGGUGUUGCUGGAAAAGCAAGAAAAACAGGAAUUGUGGAGACGUAAGACUCCUAAGCAAAGUAAAUUCCCUAGCUUGACUGACCGAACAGGCCUAACGGUGUCCAUGAUUCGUCGUCAAAUGGGAUGGUCCGACAAAACUCAGAUUAAACAAACUCCUCCGAAGAUUAACGAAUCGGUGGCAAGCGAAACGGUAGAUCAACUGCCAGCUGAUAUUUUCAGCAAAGAAAUUUGCCUCAAUAAUGUAACGACCUUGCAGCAACGCUUAGGACAACCGGCUAAGCAACCUUUCACGGUUAACAAAUUGUUUCCGCAGCACAAAUUGCUGUCCAUUAAAAGAAGUCUUCGGUGCAGACAAUGCGAUCACAAUGUUAUCAAAUCAGAAUACAAUCCCAGUUCGAUCAAGUAUCGAAUUGCCAUGUUUGCGGCAUAUCACGUGCCGGAAGUUCGGUUUGUCAAAUGUGAACCGUUGCGCAAAGGACAGGACGCAGUACUGUUUCUGAAAAUUGUUAAUCCAACAAUCAAUGAUAUGACCAUUACUAUCAUGGAACUUCCGACGGAAGAAGACGAACGGCUCAUGAUCGAGGAGCUGAAGCUGGCCGCCGAAAGCAGUGCUUCAGCUUCGCUCACGAUCGGGGCGCUGAGUACAAGUCUGACCAAGCAGGCUACACUCCUGGAGGAUCCACGACUGGUAGAUCAGAAGCUAACGGGCACUUUUCGGUUACCCGAUUCUUCGUUCGUUAUCAAUCAUCGCGACGAUUCGGCCGAGUUCGAUGAGGUGGUACAAUCGCAACAGGAGGAUCCCAAAUUCAUUAUCUGGAGGAAGGCGAACCAUGUCGCCAUGAAACUGGCAGUGCAACCGACUGCGGAAUGCACAUCGGAAGAGGACAUCGUGAUCGGUUUCUCAUUGCAGUACACUUAUGUCAACACCGUGGUGGAAAAGAGUAGCACCCCAACCAAGUCUCCGCAGCGGCAGGCUUUGACAACGCGUAUCUAUCUCAACUUGGGCAAAAUGGAGAGCGAAGUGGCAGCAACUGAUGUCACUACCUAAAAUCUCAGGGGCUCCCAUUAUACUAUUUAUUAACAAUAACAUUCGCUUCUUUGUUUUUUGUACUUUAAUUCAUAAGACAUAAUCAACGCACUUAUAUACUCAAUGAAUUUUCGGCAAGGAAUAAAGUAUUUAUCGGCAUUGCAAUAAAUCAA